UUGAAACGUGCAAGACUUGUUGGUAUUAGUAUUGAUAUGACAGAAUGAAUGAAGAAAAGUAUUUUUUUUCCUUUUUUCCUUAAAAGAGAUUUGAAUGAAAAAUCUCAUAAAAAGAUAUUUUUAAAAUCCUGAAAACCCAAAGGGAGAUCUCAUUGCUAUUUAUAGUCUCAAAAACACAGGUUACUAGCCAUACCAUCAUCCUACUAAUUUCUGCACUUAUGGAGAAAGCCUUCGCAUUUUUUCUCUUAACUCUCUUGUUGCUUCAUUAUGUUAUGGCUAGUUCAGCCAUGACUCAUACCAACAUUACCACUGAUCAAUUAGCUCUUCUUACAUUAAAAUCCAAAAUUAGUUCCGACCCUUCUCACAUCUUGGAUGAAAGCUGGUCUCUAACAACUUUUGUUUGCCAUUGGGUCAGAGUCACUUGUGACUCUCGCCACCAGAGAGUGAAGUCCUUGAAUCUUUCCAACAUGGCUCUUACAGGAACAAUUCCCCAUAAUUUUGGAAACCUCUCAUUUCUUGUUUCUCUUGACUUGGGAAGCAACAAUUUCUAUGGCAAUUUGCCUCAAGAAAUGGCACGCUUACGUCGGCUUAAGUUUCUUGAUUUAAGUUUCAAUAGCUUCAGUGGGGAGGUUCCUUCCUUGUUUGGGUUUUUACACCAACUUCAAGUUCUAAAUCUUAGAAAUUGUAGUUUCACUGGUACCAUCCCUUCUUCAUUUUCUAAUAUUUCCACACUUGUUACUUUGAUUCUGGACUUCAAUUCCAUAGAGGGUGAAAUCCCAAAAGUGAUUGGAAGUCUUAUAAACCUUAGAGAAUUAAUCUUGCGGGGUAACAAACUCAUAGGCUCUAUUCCUCCAUCACUCUCAAAUGCCUCAAGGUUGGAGGUUUUAGAAAUAUCUUACAAUUUACUUCAAGGGAAUAUUCCAGAAGGGAUCGGCAAUCUACACAACAUGAAGGCGUUGUCCAUACAACAUAAUCAACUUACGGGUUCUAUACCAUUCACAAUUUUCAAUAUUUCUAGAAUCGAAUACAUUGCAUUUUUCAACAACAGUUUAUCAGGAAAUCUUCCCAAUGAUUUAUGCAAUCGUCUCCCAAUACUCAAAGGGCUUUAUCUAGAAAUGAACAAGCUUCAUGGUCAUAUGCCUACAAGCUUGUCAAAUUGUUCGGAACUUCGAAUAUUGGGCUUAUCAGACAAUGAGUUUGAUGGACCAAUACAUAGUGAAAUUGGAAGUUUAACUAAUCUGCAGGAAUUGACUCUUGGAUCUAACCAUUUCGCUGGGAUAAUUCCACAAGAAAUCGGAAAUCUUGUUAAUUUGGUGAAGUUAGGCAUGGAGAUAAACCAAAUUACUGGCUCAGUCCCGAUCUCCAUAUACAAUAUCUCCUCACUGCAAUGUCUUACACUAUGGCAGAACAAUCUCAAGGGAUCCUUACCACGGGAGAUUGGCAACUUUACCAAGAUGCAGAUUCUCGAUCUUAGUAACAAUACAUUUACUGGUGAAAUACCCGAAGAGAUAAGCAAUCUCGUGGAGUUGGAGAUCCUUAUUCUUGGGUCUAAUAGCUUUAGUGGUUCACUUGCAAUACCCAAAGUGAUAAGCAAUCUCGUGGAGUUGGAGAUCCUUGAUCUUGGGUUUAAUAGCUUUAGUGGUUCACUUGCAAUGGAGAUCUUCAACAUGUCAAGGCUGAUAAAGGUUUUUCUUUCAAACAACAGUCUUGUUGGUACUAUACCUCAUUCAAUCUCCAAUUGUUCAAAGCUUAAUCAUUUAGAUCUUUCACACAACAAACUCACGGGCUCGAUUCCAAGUGAGCUUGGAUAUUUGACUCAUCUACAGUUCCUAAACUUGGAGAUGAACAAUUUAACCAGUGAUUCAUCGUUAAGCUUUUUGACUUCUUUAACAAACUGCAGAGACUUAAAAAUCUUGGUCUAAGUGUCAACCCUCUAAAUGGUAUGCUUCCCGUCUCUAUAGGGAACUUCUCCACUUCUCUUAUAAAGUUUUAUGCCCAUGCUUGCAAAAUCAACGGCCAAAUUCCAAAUGAAGUUGGGAACUUAAGAAGCUUAUUAAUCCUUGAUAUUUCUGGAAACAACUUGGUUGGAUCAAUUCCCACAUCAAUUGGCAACUUGAGAAAUCUUCAGGUCUUGAACUUGUAUGAAAACACUCUUACAGGACUUAUUGGAGAUAGUCUAUGUAAAUUGCAAAGAUUGGGUAACAUUUACUUUGGUCAAAAUCAACUUCCAGGAUCUCUUCCAAAUUGUUUAGGAAACGUUACUUCCCUUAGAGAGAUAUAUCUGGGUUCCAAUAAAUUGAGUUCCAAUAUACCAGCAAGCUUAGGGAAUCUUAAGGAUCUAGUGGUUCUUGACUUAUCGUCAAACAACAUGGGUGGCUCUUUGCCUGCAGAAAUUGGAAAUCUAAAGGUUGCGGUAUACAUGGAUCUGUCAAUGAAUCAAUUCUCAAAUGGAAUUCCUAGAGAAAUUGGAGGAUUACAAAAUUUGGAGAAACUUUCUUUGAGUCACAACAAGUUGCAAGGAUCUAUACCUGACUCUAUGAGCAACAUGAUAGGUUUGGAAUUUUUAGACGUUUCUCGUAACAAUAUAACGGGAAUCAUUCCCAAAACCCUGGAGAAACUUCAAAAUCUCAAGUAUUUCAAUGUUUCUAUCAACAAAUUGUAUGGUGAAAUACCCUCAGGAGGUCCUUUCAAGAACCUAUCGAGUCAGUUUUUCAUCUACAAUGAAGCAUUGUGUGGUUCUUCAAGAUUUAGUGUCCCGCCAUGCCCCACUUCAUCAAAGCAUAGAUCAAAUAGGAAAAAAUUGUUAGUUCUAUUUCUUAUGAUGGGAAUUGCACUUGUAUUUAUUCCUAUUGCCCUUAUGCUCGUAUGGAUAAGGUAUAGAGGAGGUAAAAGAGCACCUCAACAAGCUGAUUCAUUGUCUACCGCAACAAGAGGAAGAAUUUCAUACUAUGAAUUGCUCGAAGCAACUGAUGCGCUUAGUGAGAGUAAUUUGAUUGGUUCUGGGAGUUUUGGAGGUGUCUACAAAGGAAUUCUCAGAAAUGGGACUACUAUUGCAGUUAAAGUGUUCAAUCAGCAAUUGGAAGUGUCAUUCAAGUGUUUUGACACAGAAUGUAAAAUUUUGCGCAGCAUUCGCCAUAGGAAUCUAGUAAAAGUCAUCACUAGUUGUUCCAAUCUUGAUUUUAAGGCUUUGGUGCUCGAGCAUAUGCCUAAUGGGGUCUUGAGAAGUGUUUGUUUUCACACAACUACUUCUUAGACAUCUUGCAGAGACUAAGCAUAAUGAUAGAUGUGGCAUGUGCAUUGGAAUAUCUCCACCAUGGGUGCACACUGCCCGUGAUUCAUUGUGAUUUGAAGCCUAGUAAUGUCUUGUUGGAUGAGGAUAUGGUUGCGCACCUAAGCGACUUUGGUAUUUCAAAACUGCUUGGUGAAGAUGUGAGUGAUUUAUACACUAAAACUUUAGCAACAUUUGGUUAUAUUGCACCGGGUAUGUCUCUUAUUUUUGCUUUGAACAUUGUUUUUUCCUUUUUCUUUUCCACCAAGAAAUUAUCAUGUAUCAUUAAAUUAAUUGUUUGACUAUAGAGUAUGGGCUGGAUGGAUUGGUGUCAACAAAAUGUGAUGUCUAUAGUUACGGGAUCAUGUUGAUGGAAACAUUUACAAGGAGAAAGCCUAAUGAUGAAAUGUUCAAGGGAGAUCUUAGCUUGAAGCAAUGGGUGAGUACUUCAUUUCCGGAGGCAGUAAUGGAUGUUGUAGAUGCUAACUUGGUAACACCAAAUGAUAAUUGCUUGAAGUUAGAUUGUGUGACAUUGAUCAUGAAAGUGGCAUUAGAUUGUUGUGCUGAA